UUAUUAACUUCCUGUGCAAGCGGCAAGUAUGAGGCGUCAUUAGUUACAUAAAUUUUUCUACACUGCAAUCUUAUCUUCUUGUUACUUUUUUGAGGAAAUUGUUUGGGUUAGCAAAAUGUCUAUGAAUUAUCAUGGUAGACUUCAUAGCCACAUUACCCCAUGAGUUGGCAGAGAAAAUCCUUUCAUAUCUCACUGCAUCAGAGCUUAGUAAAGCUGGAUGUGUGAAUAAGCUAUGGAGGGAAAAGACAAGUGGAAGCUCUUUAUGGCUCCAUCAUUGCAUGGUUCGAGGAUGGUUUAAGUAUGGCGUGACCUUUGAUCUGUGUUCUGAGAAUGUUUCACAGGGUAGCAGCCACUCAAUAUCAGGGACAUCUCCAAUAUUUGACUUAGAAGUGCCAUUAGAAAGUUCUCUUCCACCUAUCAAGAAAUGGAAAGCUGUUUUUAUAAAGACGCACCAUUUAUUACGGAAUUGGGAGAAGGGGCGUUACCUGGUGGCUCCCAUCCUGAGAGGGCACUCUGACCAAGUGUCUGCCUUUGACUCUAAUGGUCAUGUGUUGGUCAGUGGAAGCUGUGAUAGGUCUCUUCGUAUCUGGGAUCUUCAUAAAUAUGUCUGCCUAUUUAAGAUAGAAGGACAUUCAGAUGUGAUUACAGCAAUAAAAUUCAAGGGUAACAUUAUAGUGACAGGUUGUGCAGACAGCGGGAUCAGAGUGUAUGACUCGACCACUGGUCAGAUACUUCAGUCAUUCUUUGGUCACACUGGAAGUGUGGACAAGUUAGAAUUUGAUGGAGAAACUAUUAUAAGUGUCAGUUCUGACAAGACUGUGAGGGUUUGGAGUGUGCCAGAUGACCGGCAGCUGUACAUUUUAAGGGGGCAUACUGAUGAAAUAGAGUCUUUGGCAGUGCAUGGCUCCCUGGCUCUCACAGGCUCCUGGGACAACACUUUGAUUUUGUGGAACAUAGCCGAGGGACAUGGAGUCCACUCUUUGAUGGGGCACACUGAAGUUGUGAAUUGCUGUCAGUUUGAUGACCAGAAAAUCAUCAGUGGAAGUGCUGACAGUACUCUGAAAAUAUGGCAGACAAAGACUGGAGAGUGUGUGCGUACUUUAGAGGGACACACAGGGGAAGUGUACUGCUUGGUGUAUAACAAUGCUGUGAUUGCAUCAGGUUCUUCUGAUAGCACAGUCAGGAUAUGGUCCCAUGCAGGAGAAUUGAUGUAUACUUUGAGAGAACAUCUUGGAGUGGUGAGGUGCUUGCAUAUUGAUGAACAUAAGCUGGUUAGUGGUGGGGACCAGAAGAAGAUUGUCAUAUGGAAUUAUAGGAUGGGAAGAAAGUAUAAUGUUGUCCAUAGGCAGCCCACAAGACUCCAUCUGAUGCAGGUCACUGAAACCAAACUAAUCACUGCCUCACCAGAAAAACCUGGGACCAUCACUGUGCUGUGUUACUGGUGAUCUUGAAACAUAUGAAUAUGCCAAGCCACUGAUGGCUUCUAAAUAUUUUUGCCAAUUUGAUACCAGUGUGUCUGAAGAAAAAAAAAUCAUCACUGGAGCUCAAAAUUGUUCAUUUGGCCAAAUAGAGAUUAUAUUUGUACUGUAGUGAGUCCAGAAAUUGCAUUGCUUAAAGUAAAUUGUUUUUACUUGCCACAUAGAUAAACAGGUCUCACUGUAUCCUUUUUUAUUUUGUAAAUACUGAUGUCAUCAUAAUUUGUUACUGUUUCUACAUUCAAAGGUGGUUUGCAUGUGACAUCAUGCACAGUGACUUGACCAUGCUGGUACCCAAAAAGGUCCCUGGUGUCAAAAAGUAACAUACAAUGGUACCCCAUGAGAAAUGCCGAGUUGAAUUUCAUAGCACUUGUAUGCUGGACUCAUUACAUAAAACACUUCAGCAAACCUUUAGUUUUAAGGUCUUACUACAGCCCAUGGCACCUGCAUGUGAACUCUGCACCAGGUUCCAGAAAAGCAAAAUCAUUUCACAACUCAUAUAAAUUCUAAAAAGGUGAUAUUAUUGGCUAAAAUCCAAGUGUUCACUACACUACUGCUGUGAACUGUGCAACUGGUCAUCUUCAGCCGAGUCUGGCCAGUUUGAAUGGAAGAAACACACAAACUGACUGUAUAACAAUUGUCAAUGUACCUACAAAGUUUCUUUAUAAUUUUAUAGUCAUAUAUAUCUAUAAUGAUAAUGCCAAGAUCACCAAAUUUGACUGAAUGUGAUAAUGUUAUAUUUUUUAAACAAAUAAUGUGAUAUUUUUGUAGGCAAACUUAACAGAACAAAAUGUGCCAUGUCAGUGGGCUUCCAACAACAUUCUGCUAAGUGUACAGUAGCUGAUGCUAUAUAUACAAAUGAUUUUUUUUUACCCAACAAGCACCUGUUGCCACAUUUCACAUAAAAGAAAAAAGGAUUUCACAAAAUGUGUGAUUUAUUGGCAUAUUUGUUAAUUCACGCAAUCUCUGUUAGUAAAUGCAGUCAGACAUAAAAAAAAACUUGGGUAGCCAACACUGUGUUCCUUUAAAUUUGGAAACGGAUGUAAGUUGGUAAUUUGAAUGUGACACUUGUAAAAAAAAAAGAUAUUAUAAGGUUGAUUGUUCUCAAACAGGUACAUACAUGUUGAAGUACUUGGUCUCCCUGCAUGCACUGUAUUUGUAAUAUUAAAAGCUAUCAUUUCCAUUUUUAUUGAAAUAUCUUUACUAGUUAAAAAUUAUCGCAUAACGUUUUUUUUUUUUUUAUUAGCCCAAGCACCCAAACACCGUGUAUGUACUCACUGGAAGUCACUGCCAAGUAUUUCUGAUUUUAACUGUUACUCUAACCUAGGCAAAUUUUAAUACUUACUGGUAGACUCUGAUAUCAUAUAAUGUUUUAUAACUAACUCAUAUUUUGAUGAUUAUCGGAGACCCCCAAAUCUGCAAUAUGAUAUUUUAAGCCACUCUGCAUGGCAGAGAAUAUCACAAACCUUGAACCCAUCAUAAUUAUAUAUAUAUAAGUACAAAGUAACUUGGGGGCAUUUCAAGGUUGAAAACAGACGUCUGUGGCACUGGGAAACGCACCCCUGUACACAGUGCUGGGUAAUCUGAAAAAUCAAAACUGAAUGUCAAUAUUUGUGGUAUUUUCUGAUGAGAGGAGAUUGUGGGAACU